AUGGGAUUUCUCCUGAUGCGGUUUUCUGAUGUAUGGGAACUACGGGUUUUGCAUGCUGUAUCCUUCUUUCUGAUGUAUUUGAUGACUCUCAUUGGGAAUUUUCUCAUUGUUAUUGUCACCACACUGGACAAGAGCCUUCAUACCCCCAUGUACUUUUUUCUCAGGAAUCUGUCCAUCUUGGAUGCAUGCUACAUUUCUGUAACGGUCCCAAAUUCAUGUGUCAACUUCCUGCUUGACAGCAAUGCCAUUUCAAAGUUAGGAUGUGUAGCUCAGGUCUUCCUCGUGGUGUUUUUUGUAUGUGUGGAGCUACUGUUCCUCACUAUCAUGGCCCAUGACCGCUACAUGGCCAUCUGCCAACCUCUGCACUACUCUGUGAUCAUGAAGCCUCGAGUCUGUGUUCAGAUGACAUUGGCUUCCAUCCUCAGUGGUCUUCUCUACUCAGGAUUCCACACAAGCUACACCUUCAGGCUGCCCUUCUGUCAUUCCAAAAUUAUUCAUCAGUUUUUCUGUGACAUUCCCUCUCUGCUGAAGCUCUCCUGCUCUAACACUUUCAGCAAUGAGAUGAUAAUCCUUGCCUCUAGUCUGGGGAUUGGUGGAGGCUGUUUCAUCUUCAUCAUCAAGUCUUAUAUUCACAUAUUUUCUACUGUGCUCAAGUUCCCAAGUGGAGCAGACAGAACAAAGGCUUUCUCCACCUGCAUUCCUCAUAUCCUUGUGGUGUCGAUUUUCCUCAGCUCAGGAUUCUACGUGUACCUAAGGCCAUCUGCAGUGUCUGCAACCAUCCAGGAUAUGGUGCUUUCCAUAUUUUAUUCCAUAAUUCCUCCACUCUUCAACCCCAUUAUCUAUAGCCUUAGAAAUCAACAAAUAAAAUGUGCUAUCAAAAAAAUCAUGCAAAAACUCUUUUAG